AAAUAGUGAGGGAUUUACAAAGUUGUAAUUGCUUUUUAUACGUAGAGUUCCAGACAGUAAUAAUCAUGUACUGUUUGAUGUGAGAGUGCCAAAAAAUCAGGUUUCUUAGCGAAUGUGCAUUCCUGGAUAUUACACUUGGUGAGCGCGCCACCUGUCUUUGUUCGCGGCAUCUCGCGGUGACCCCGCCCUCGCGACACAGCGUCAGUUUCAGAGGCACUUCCGGUCCCCGCUGUCAGCCACGCGGAAGCGCGAGGAAGCGGGGCAGAACGAGGCGGGGAAGGGGUAAAAAAAGAAAGAAAAGAAGAAGAGGAAAGAGGGCGAAGGAGCGGAAAGAAGGCCGAGGAGGGAGUGCGAAUGAAUCGGUGAAGGAAACAUGGAGCUCAAGUGAACUAGACGCGUCUCUUUAUUUAUUCACGCCUACUUUUAACAACAGCCGCCCUCACAGCGCGGUAAAUAACUUACAAAAAAGCAGCGCGUCCUGGCGGAGUUGAAGCGACGUUGAAAGUGUCUAACCGGCUACCGGUCCGGUGUAGGAAACGGCGGCAGUAAGUAAGUAGCGGGGAGUUCGUCUCCUCCCACGUGAAGUUCUCCUAGGCAAAACUAAGAAAGUUCGAGAAGAAGAAGUGUGUGGAGAAACAUGGACAGUAAGGUGCAGCUGAGGCACAACCCGCGCAGGCAACUGAAAAAGCUGAGUGAGGACUGCUUGACGAAACAGCCGGAGGAAGUGUUUGACAUCUUGGAGAAGCUGGGUGAAGGGUCAUAUGGCAGCGUAUUUAAAGCUAACUACAAAGAGACUGGGGAGAUUGUGGCUAUCAAACAGGUUCCAGUGGAGUCAGACCUACAGGAAAUCAUCAAGGAAAUCUCCAUUAUGCAGCAGUGCAACAGUCCACAUGUUGUUAGGUACUACGGAAGCUAUUUCAAGAACAGCGAAUUAUGGAUUGUGAUGGAGUACUGCGGGGCUGGCUCGGUUUCUGACAUUAUCCGGUUGCGGAACAAAACAUUAACCGAGGAUGAGAUCGCAAAUAUUCUACAGUCCACUCUGAAGGGACUAGAAUACUUGCACUUCAUGAGGAAGAUUCACAGGGACAUCAAGGCUGGGAACAUCCUGCUCAAUAUGGAAGGCCAUGCCAAGCUGGCUGACUUUGGAGUAGCAGGACAGCUGACGGACACCAUGGCAAAACGUAACACAGUCAUUGGAACCCCAUUCUGGAUGGCUCCAGAGGUGAUCCAAGAGAUUGGCUAUAACUGUGUGGCAGAUAUCUGGUCACUGGGCAUCACAGCUAUAGAGAUGGCUGAGGGCAAGCCUCCGUACGCAGACAUCCAUCCCAUGAGGGCCAUAUUCAUGAUUCCCACGAACCCUCCUCCAACAUUCCGGAACCCGGAUUUGUGGUCGGCACCAUUUAAAGACUUUGUUGCACAGUGUCUUGUGAAGAACCCAGAAAGCAGAGCUACCGCCACUCAGCUACUUCAGCAUCCGUUCAUCAAGAGUGCCAAGCCAAGCAGUGUCCUCAGGGCGCUCCUCACAGAUGCCUUGGAAAUGAAGCUGAAGAAGCAGGAGGCCCAGCAGAGGGAGCAGGAUCAGGAGGAAGAGGACAAUUCGGAUGAUGACGAGGUGGACCAGGGCACAAUGGUGAGGGCAGGCUCGUCCAACUCGGGCACUAUACGGGCAGCAUCAUCCUCCCUGGGAACAUCGGCACGCACAAUGAUUGAGCAAGACGGCACCCUGGAGUCACAACUUGGCACCAUGGUUAUCAACUCUGGUGAGGAUGAGGAGGAAGAGGAGGCUGGCACCAUGAAACGUUGCGAUGAGACCCCGCAGCCUGCCAAGCCCUCCUUCCUGGAGUAUUUUGAGCAGAAGGAGAAAGAAGCAAACAACUACAAUGCAGACGGUGUCCAAGGUCAUAUAGGUGACAACCGCAAGCUGCCAGGAGAGGGCGAUUUGGAGCAGAUGAAGAGCUGGAGUGUGGACGAGCUCAAGUCAAGGCUGGCUUCCCUGGAGCCCCAAAUGGAGCAAGAGAUCGAGGAGAUCCGUCAGCGCUACCAGGCAAAGCGGCAGCCCAUACUGGACGCCAUUGAGGCUAAAAAACGGCGGCAGCCAAACUACUGAGGAGUAGAGAUUGACUGGCUGGUUUCAGUGGACUCCUUUCUCUGCUUUCACACUGGAGAAGACGGUGGACCAAUUACUGAUGGUCCCGAAGCUGCACUGUUCGGCUACAGCGCAGCUUUUUUCUGUUGCUCUCUAAUACUUGAUGAACAUCUUUGCAGUGCUGUGAAAUGGAACUGGCAAAGUGGCUUAUUUUUUUAAAAUCUCUAUGCCCUGUUCCAGUUUGAAAUGCUUAUAGCUCAAAAGUAAUUUUAUAGUUGAUAUAGAACCAUUUUGGUACUACAACCCUGGGAAUUAGGUUAAGACUGGUACAAAUGAACCUGUGCAUAGCAUUGCAAACUGGACAAUGGAAAUUUAUUUUUAAUGUUCAUUUUUUAAUAUAAAUAUUGUUAGUAUGUUUAAAUGUUAUUUGGAUGUUCAGUUCGACUUUGUAAAUUUUGAAAUGUAAUCUUUUAUAUUUCUACUGUGUUCUUGUCUUUUGGUACUUUUUUGUUCUAUAAAGCGAUGUUCCAGAAUCCAGAUGAGUGGAGAAUCAGACAGUUGCACUAAAGUGAGGGAUUCACUGUAACCACUGCUUUCUGUGUGCUGCCUUGACAAGAUUAUGUGGCUCUACUGAGUGAUGCACUAGGGUGGACACUCGUAAAUUAAUGAACGGGAGCAUGAUUUAAUAAAAGAAGAUGCAGGGUAGAAACGAGGCAUGCAGGUCCGACAAAAAAUGUAGCUUUUUUUUUUUUUUUUUUUUUUUGAAACUGUAGUGCACUUGUUUUAUUUAAUGUUCUUAGGUAUUUCAUGGCUUUUAUUCAGGGACUUUACAUAUUUUGUGUCUUCCAUGAUUUUGGGGGGAGAAAAAAAAAAAAAAAAGGUUUAGUUGUUGCUGUGAAAGGUUGCUUCUGCCAAGCACUAAUUUGUGUAUAAAUUAGCAACUCAGGACAGAUGUGCUACUCAGGAUUUGAUGUUCAUAACCAUAGCAGUCAAGUACAAAAACAAGUGACUCAGUACAAAUGGCUUAGAAUAAUCUAACGGUACCUUGGCAUUGUGUUUUAAAAGUGACGUUUUUGUAUGUUAUCUGACUUUACAUUAAGGCUGGAAAGAUCAAUAUCAAUAAAAUUUUGUACAUCUCCUUAGAGGACUUGUUUCAUGCCUUUAUAUGAGUGACCUUAAGACUAUGGACUGCAUAUUUAAUUCAAUAAUGCUGCAUAUCCUGAAUAAUGUUCCAUUGCAUUUUUUUUUUUUCUCUGUAAUGUUAAUGCAAUAAUUAAUCCUGAUGUCAUAGCCACUGGAGGAGGUUUUUGUUCUUAAAUGUGAAUGAAUGACCAAGCUAAAGACAUCAUUGGUCCUUUUUAAAUUCAUUCCAUAAUUCAGAAUUUUAAAUGUACAUUGAUGAAUGUCUCGCAGAAGUAAUUUAUCAGUAUUUUAGCCAUAUGUUUUUUUUCUGUAUUAAAGUUUUGGUCACUGUUUUGGAUGUGAUUGUGUCGUUUCUAGGUGGGCAGUUGAUAAUGGAGUUGAGGGUGGCUCUUUCCUGGUGGUGUGUAGACAGCAGCAGGUCUAGAGAGUGGGCUUCUUAUUUCCUGCUUUAGUCCUUUUUGGCGUACAGGCUCCUGUUGCAUCUCCUGUUGCAAUAAUACUGUCACGUUAUUUUCAGAUGAGCUUUUCCCCAAACCGUCAGCUUUGUUUUAUCAAUUGUUCUGCCAUUCUUUAUGAAAGAUUUUAUGAAAACACAUUCAGUGAACAGGUGU